UCGUCAUCCAGCUGCUGAAAGCCGGAACCAGCCAGUGAGUGUGACAAGUGGGGUCGGCAAGGAGCCGCCAGUAACAGGCCGCACAGCCCAGCAGCGUCCUCUUCGGGGUGGGAUGUGUACACACGGGGCCUAGCGUCCUCCGCUGCCUGCUCCUGUGCUCAGCUAUGGGCUGUUUAGCGGAGAAGCCCCGGUUCCGGGGGGUCAUGUGGAGACAGCUGUUUGUUUACCUGGCCUUCCUGGGAGCAGGACAUGCUGCCAUGACCAAGGAGGAGAAGUCACAGCUCAGGGUACAAGUGCUAGAAAUGUUUGAUCAUGCGUAUGGCAAUUACAUGCAACAUGCAUAUCCUGCUGAUGAACUUAUGCCUUUGACCUGUCGUGGUAGAAUACGUGGCCAGGAGCCAAGCAGAGGAGAUGUAGACGAUGCUUUGGGGAAAUUUUCUUUAACACUAAUUGAUACACUGGAUACAUUGGUGGUGCUGAACAGAACUCAGGAAUUUGAAGAUGCUGUUAGAAAAGUAAUAAAUGAUGUCAACUUGGACAAUGACAUUGUGGUUUCUGUGUUUGAGACAAACAUUCGAGUUUUGGGGGGACUGCUUGGAGGACACUCAGUUGCUAUCAUGCUAAAAGAAAAUGGCGAACGGAUGUUAUGGUACAAUGACGAGCUGUUACAUAUGGCUAAAGAGCUUGGCUAUAAACUUCUUCCAGCUUUCAACACUACAAGUGGCCUUCCUUAUCCCAGAGUCAAUCUGAAGUUUGGAGUCAGAAGGCCUGAGGCUCGUACAGGUACGGAGACUGACACCUGUACAGCCUGUGCUGGGACCCUCAUCCUAGAGUUUGCUGCACUCAGCCGCUUUACUGGAAUAUCCAUAUUUGAGGAACAUGCACGAAAGGCCCUAGAUUUUAUCUGGGAGAAGAGGCAGCGCAGUAGUAACUUGGUGGGUGUAACAAUCAAUAUUCACACAGGAGACUGGGUGCGGAAAGACAGUGGUGUUGGUGCAGGAAUAGAUUCUUACUAUGAAUAUUUACUGAAGGCCUACGUGCUACUUGGUGAUGACAGUUAUUUGGAGAGAUUUAAUACACAUUAUGAUGCCAUUAUGCGGUAUAUAAGUCAGCCACCACUUCUACUUGAUGUUCACAUACAUAAACCGAUGCUUACAGCUCGAACAUGGAUGGAUUCCCUACUUGCAUUUUUCCCUGGUCUUCAGGUCUUGAAAGGAGACAUAAGGCCUGCUAUAGAAACCCAUGAAAUGUUAUAUCAAGUCCUAAAAAAGCAUAAUUUCCUACCAGAGGCCUUCACAACUGAUUUCAGAGUACACUGGGCCCAGCAUCCAUUAAGACCAGAGUUUGCAGAGAGCACAUACUUCUUGUAUAAGGCAACUGGUGAUCCCUAUUACCUAGAAGUGGGAAAAACAAUCAUUGAAAAUUUGAACAAAUAUGCACGUGUCCCAUGUGGAUUUGCAGCUGUUAAAGAUGUGCGAACUGGAAGUCAUGAAGACAGGAUGGACUCCUUUUUCUUGGCAGAGAUGUUUAAAUACUUGUACUUGCUAUUUUCUGAGAGGGAAGACCUUAUCUUUGAUAUUGAGGAUUACAUUUUUACUACAGAAGCUCAUCUUUUACCACUUUGGUUAUCAACAGCAAAUCACACACAAGUGCGGAAAAACAAGACUACCCAGUACACAGAGCUUGAUGACAGCAACUUUGAUUGGUCCUGUCCAAAUACUCAAAUUCUCUUCCGCAAUGACCCCUUGUAUGCUCAGAGUAUCAGGGAACCCUUUAAAAAUGUGGUUGAUAAGAAUUGUCCUCGUAGUACUUCAAGAAUAGAUGAGCUCUCUAGCAAUGGGAACCGACCACCAUUACGUGCUAGGGAUUUUAUGGCAAGUAAUCAAGAACAUUUGGAUAUCCUAAAAAAGAUGGGUGUUAGCCUGAUUCAUCUAAAAGAUGGAAGAGUUCAGCUUGUCCAACAUGCCAAUCAAGCUGCAAGCUCUAUAGAUGCAGAAGAUGGUUUACGUUUUAUGCAAGAGAUGAUUGAACUUUCCAGCCAGCAACAGAAGGAACAGCAGCUUCCUCCACGGGCAGUACAGAUAGUGUCUCAUCCUUUUUACGGGAGAGUGGUAUUGACUGCAGGGCCGGCGCAGUUUGGAAUGGAUCUAUCAAAGAAUGUUGCAGGGUGUCGUGGAUUUGUAGCCAAAACUGAGCCUUAUAGUGGCUGCUCAGAGAUUACUAAUUCUGGAGUAAUUAAAGGGAGAAUUGCACUGAUGCAACGGGGCCAGUGCAUGUUUGCUGAGAAGGCUAGGAAUGUGCAGAAGGCUGGUGCAAUUGGAGGUAUUGUUAUAGAUGACAAUGAGGGCAGCAGCAGUGAUACAGCUCCACUUUUCCAAAUGGCAGGUGAUGGGAAAAACACAGAUGACGUAGUAAUCCCCAUGUUGUUUUUAUUCAGCAAGGAAGGAAAUAUAAUACUUGAUGCCAUUCGUGAAUACCAAGAAGUGGAGGUUCUUCUCUCUGACAAAGCCAAAGACAGAGAUUUGGAAGGUGAAAGUGGAGAGCAGAGAUCUUUAGAAAAUGACUCACAAAAACAGAUUCCGAAAGAACAAUCGAUACCUCAGGAGGAGUUGGUGAACACAAAGGACUCUGAAGGCGAUUUCUCACCAGCAUCUCAAUUUGAUACUCUCCAUUCCUCAGAUAGAGACCAUUCUCCUAAUCCUAAAGAUGGAGACUUCUCACUGGAAGUUGAGCAGUCCCACAUUGAAGAUAGCCUGAAUUCUGUAGAGAAGUCACAGACUCCAGAAGAAUCAAAGAAUAAGAGGUGGGACAGUAAAGGUCAGCCAAUAGAGUCUAUAUUGGCAGAUUGGAAAGAAGAUAUUGAGGCAUUUGAAAUGAUGGAAAAGGAUGAACUAUGACCAAAAAUAUUUCUCAGAACUCCUAUGUACAUUAUGGAAAGUUUAUUACUUGCCUUCCCUAAGGGAAAGAGCUCAUUGUUAACAAGUAAUGUGAAGGAGGAUACUUGGCAUUGUCUUUAUGUAGAUUUUUCAGUGGAUGCACAGUUUCCAAAGCAUGUCCAUUUCAAAUGUUGUGAUGGAUCCUGUGACUCUUCAGCUCAAAAACAAUUAUAACCGUAAAGAUGAAAUUUUCUAUUUUUUAUGAUGAUCUACAAAGGGCUUUGUUUCAGUAAGAAAGCAAUUACCUGUACUGAUUAAGAACAAUCUAAAUUCCCUUCACUACAAUUAAAAAAUAUGGGGUAGGUUCUGUGUUUAGACUUAUUUAUUGACGAUUUUUGUGCAUAAGAAUUUUACAGCCACUUUAAAGCUCUCUUCAGGUUUUAUUAUUAGAUAUGGAAAUGCAUAUUUAGUACUCAGUGGUUUCAGUCUUGGCUAUUACUCAGUAAGCAGUCUUUGGACAACCAUGCAAUAACAUAACUAGCUGUAAUAGAUGUAGAAAAUAUAGGGACCAGUAUUUUUCAGAAUCUCCUUUUUGUAGGUCAUCCAUGUAUCACCUGUAGUACAUUAGCCAUGGGUCACCUUUUAAUUAAAAUCAAUGUUCUUUACAGUGUUGCUACUUUUCUUGUCCUUAAUAUGCAUUGUGAAGUUAAUUAACUUUCAGGUUUCUCGCCUGGACCUAUAAUUUGUCGCUGCGCUGUAGUCUACAGUAUCGCGCAUGUGCAGUGCAUCUGCCUCUGCUUCCCCAGUAGCGCAGAUUACUAUUGCUUAUGCACCAAUGACAUAAUCCUCCACCCAGAAGAACAAAUGCUUGUCUUUGCUCAGGUGGAUGAUGACUUCUACGGCACAUGUGCAUUAGUUGGACUACGACACAGUUGCCAGAUUAAAGGCCCUGGCAUUAUGUCUACCCCUGUCAAUCAAGGGGAUGGGGGAGUGGUUCUAAGAGCAGAGGAGUUCUGGCACUCAGGAACAGAGCAAUGAAGGAAUAUAAAUGAGGUAUUGUUUUACUCAGCAUAAUGGGGUUGAUCCUGCUGACAUAUGCUCUUUCAGUAAAGGCAUCCUGUUUAGGUGUGACUGCGAUAUUUUGGGUCAGAUACAGGUGGAAACGGCACAUCAUUAUUUAAGAGUAUUGGAAUGGUGUAUUUUUCAGGUGCUCAUUCUUCUAUCGUCAUCUAUGUUCGUAUUAAAGAUUCAGUUGUACGUGUAGCAUUUCUAUGAAAGGUUGGUGUCCUACCUUCCUGAUAAAUGUGAAUUCUUCUGCUUGCAUAUCUUUGGACCCGUUAGGAUGUUCUGCUUGUCAGCUAGCCUAUUUGACACUGUCAAAUUCACUGCUGGAUUUUUAUAUAAGGGUGCUGAUGUUCAAUUUUAAAAUGUAAUAUUCUUCCAGUUAUCAUUGUAAAGCUAUUUGAAACCCAAUGCAUUUUCUUGGGUCAAAUUUGAAAUAUUAAAGUUGUUGGCCACUUUCUCAAAGAAUUUCUAUGACACCAUAACCUAGUGGGCACUAUCUUAGGAAACCCCUCGUGGCCCACUUCUCAUCAGUGCCCAUUUGUACAUGGGUCUGGUGUGCUGACAGUGGAGGCUGGCGACCACAACAUCCAUAUCUUUCAAGAUGGCCACAGUCCAAUGAUAUACCCACAUGACCGCUACCGCAGACGCAUCCACUAAAUGCCUUGACCACAAGUACAGUAGAGGUCUGGGACAGCAGUCACGUGGAUAACUUUGUGUGAUUGCCACCAUCUUGAUUGCCAUGGACACGGCUGCCUCCAGCAUCUGCUGUUUACACACCAUAUCCAUAGUCAGCAGGGGGCACUGAAACAGGUUGCUGAGGGAAUUCCCUAGUAUAGUGCCUACCCGGUGAGGGUGUUUAUAGAAGUUUCUUGAGAAAGUGACCAACCCCUUUUCAUUUUAAUUUUAUUAUUUUAGAAAAUUUGAAAUUUGUGUUGUAAUCCUAAAUUUAAACAGAGACCCUCGAAAAGGCAUAGGUUACUGCAGCUCAGUCCAAAGCUCCACCUCUCUCCGGUGCUCCCAUGGCGCGCCUGUAAAACCUGAUUCAUGGUAUAUCAGAAAUACAACUUAUUUGCUGAAAGUAGUGUUAUUCUGGUUGCUGUACCUGUGCUGUAACUUCCAGUGUGCUACAGGAUUUAACAUUUCAUACUUUUCCAGCUCGGAUCGAUUAGUCUGCGUUGUGCAUUCAGUCUCUAUUGCCCACACGUUCUUAAGAAGUAGACAUACUGUAUGGGGAAUUCUAACCUCCCACUAAGAGUUUAGUGUGCUUUAUUGAGACUUUAUGGUCUGUCUGCAUCGCACCUUGUAUAUUUUAUGAUUAUUGCCAAUAUUUUUAUCAAAGCUUAAUAAACUUCCUUUUAUGGUU